CUCACCUCAUGAGGGCAGUACAGACUCUCAGCUCAUGUUCAUACGGUCACAUGAUCACGUUUGCUGUCGUAAAGCUCUCUCUCAUCCCUUCAACACACUUCCGCCAGUCAUUAAGCCAGUAUUUAUUUAUACACAGCACAAGAUGUCCGAGACGGCCGUCUCAUCGGGCCUCAGAGCCGAAGACGUCUUGACAGAGAUCCGCUUAAACCUGCUGGAGUGCAAAGUGUGUUUCGAGACGUUCUCUCUGCAGAAGCGUGACCAAACGGCACAGAAUCUCCCCUGCGGCCACGUGCUCUGCCUCCGCUGCGUCUUUGCCCUGUCUCGCCCCGUCCACAAGAAACCCGAGUGUCCUUUUUGCAGGAAACGGUGGGACGUCGGCAGCACCUCUGAGUGCCGGGCGCUCGCUGAUCUUCAAGAGCUUCUUCUCCCCCGAAAGCCGUCGUCUGAUGGUCCAGGACGGACUAAAAGCGCGGGCCGUCGUCUCCAAGCGGUCUUCGGAGGAUGGGGGACGCUGGUCAACCCGACUGGAAUUGCUGUGGACGAAACUUCAGGGCAGAUCUUUGUGACGCACGAUGCAGAGAAACGAGUCGCCGUUUUUAGCAAGCAAGGAACUCUUUUAAACGCCUUCGGACGGCCGGCAGAAGUCUGUUAUCCGCUAGAUGUUGCGUUGACCGAAACCGGACACGUCUUGGUCACCGAUGCCGGUGACCAGUCGCUCAAAGUCUUCACGCCCAAAGGCCGUCCUCUGGCAACCGUCCCAGGUUUCGAGCUGCCGUGGAGUGUAGCGGUGGACGACCGUGGACGGGUUUUAGUGAGCGACGCUCUGCUGGGAAGCCUACACCAAGUCGUGAUGGACUUUCUCGGCGGCGUGGUUUUAGCGAAGCGAGUCGUUUUGAAAGAGCUGACGAGUCCGCGUUCGGUGGCUUCUUGCAGAUCUUCUGGAAACAUCGCGAUCGCGGAGAGACUUCGGAGCAGCUUCAGGCUGAGGGUGUUCAGCGGCGACUUCGCUCCUCUGACGCAGGUGGACGCUUUCGGCCUUUGCCUGAGGAGCGCUUCCAGUUUGGUUCUGUCCGCCGUGGCGUUCGACGGAAACGGAGACGUGGUUGUUGGGGACGUGCAGAACGGCAUGGUCUGGAGUUUGGGGGAUCCACAGAAAAGCCUGGAGCUGACCCCGCUGGCGAGCGGCCUGACGCGUCCCGCGGCGCUAGCCGCGACCGAGACGAACGGACUCGUCGUUUUGGAUGCCGGCGAUCAUUCGGUCAACUUCUACACCGUGGACUCUGAAGACUUGUAUUGUGAUUGAAAAGACUUACUCACAAACUGUGAUCCAAAUUAUAGUGCUGUCAAAUGAUUGAUCGCAUCAAGAUUAAAACGUUGUGUGUGUACUGUGAGCAUAUAAACGGUACACGUUUUCAAAAUGCAUUCUAAUGUUAUAGAAUUUUAUUAUGCGUGAAUAUAUUUAAUAUACAAAUAUAAAAUGUUUGUUAUAUAAAUAAUCGCGGUUAAUCAUUUGACAGCACUGCAAGUUAGAUGACAAAAAUUGUAGCUAGUAGCAUAAUCCAUUACAUUUGAGGUAAUGUAAUCAGAUUACUUUUUUUAUUACAUUUGAACUUGUAUAUGCAAAUGUUACUUUAAUUAGUGCUGUGAAAUGAUUAAUUGCAUUCGAAAUAAACGUUUUUUUUUUUUUUUAGAGAGAGAGAGACAGAGAGAGAGACAGAGAG